AUGUUGGCAGAUCCAGCCACAAGAGAACUUCUCUGUUACGGAGCAAACUGGGAAUCUGUAGCUGGUCAGCUAACCAACAUUUUUGAUAGUGACAAUUACAAACAGUUGGUACAGCAGGGCCUGUUCUCCAAUCCCGAUGAUAUUGUUAUUGGGCUUUAUACCAAUAGGUUUGUCAAUCAAAAGAAAGGCAAAAACUCAUAUACCAUCAUCCAUUGCAUAAUAUUCAACCUAGACCCAUCCAUCAGACGGCAUGGCAUGUACUUUGAUGACAUUUCCACCCGGUUAAGACCUAUGGAAGACUUCAAAGUAGGCAACCCUUCGAAGAACAUAUACCAGCUGAGCAUAUAUACUCAACUCUCAACCUUCUCUGGAUCAUCAUUUUUUGCAUUAGAUGAACUUCAUUUAAUUGCAAGAGGGAUUGGAAAGCUUGUGUAUGACCCGAUUACCGUCACCCUCACAAAGGAAACCAAAUUUUAUUAUACCCAUCCAGACAAUACCCUCAAUACCACCAAAUACGCUUUUCAUAUACCAAGAGCAGAUCUGAUCAAUGGUACUUGCGCAGUUGACUGGCUUGACUUUCUCUUAUACAUUGUCCCCACUUUGGUCAUGCCUUAUUUACCAAAUAGAGCUGUCAAAACAGCUCUAUUAUCUCUCAUGAAUGGCUGCGCGCUUGCCUUGCAAUGGACGUUGACAUCAGAAUUGCUUGAUGAGAUGGAGUUAUACUUCAAGCACUGGCACUCGUUUUUAUACCAACAAGUCCAGAAUAAUACCCUGUCUCGUAGUGUUUUCUGGCCAGUGCAACAUUACCUGGUCCAUAUACCCUAUAUCAUCAAGCAGCAAGGCCCCCUGCGAUGCUAUUCCACUCGCUCAAUGGAGAGAGUAAUUGGAGUCUUCUCGAAAUUAAUAAAGUCCAAAUCAAAGGGUGGCCGAAACGCCAGUUUUCUCAUUGAGCGAUUUGUGAUUCACAAUUAUACCAGCAUGGCAAUCAGCAUCUGUGAUGAAAUCAACCUCAUUCGGCCAAAGCCAUAUGGAAAAGAGAGCUAUGUGGACCUUCCUAAUGAUCCUAGUGGUGCGCAGUUGUGGGAUCCAUUUCAUCAGUUUGUUAAUUUGAAUGAUGAUUUGGUGGAAGGUGUAGGCGGCCCUAGUGUGAAGGAAGCUUUAUUAAAAUAUUACCAGAGAACAACAGGCUUGACUGGUCACGAGUUUGGUGACUCUGUUGUUGUUGUAGCUGCAUGUCUGUGGAUGGACUCGACUGUAUAUUCCUCAUGCAUGUACCAAAGAAAGAAAAACGAGACCAGCCGUGGCAACCAUUACGUGAUGUUUACUUGCCCCUAUAGAAACAACCUUAAUGUAAUUGUUCACAGCUGGCUCGUUGGUACAGUACAGUUCUACUUUCAGUAUGUAUAUUUCCAUGGCUUCCUACACUUUUUUGCUUUCAUGGAGGUCAUGAAGGAAUAUGAUGCGGCUGGCCAUGACUCAUUACACUAG